AUGUUAAAUCAAACAUCUAAAAAAGUUCUUUGUACAUGUUUAAAAUGUCGUCAAAAUGACACUGAAGGAGUUGGAUGUUUAAUUUCAAAAUCUACAAGAACUAGACAUCGCAAACAAGAAAAAAAAACAGCAGAAAUAAACUCAACUUUAAGUUCAACAACCUCAAGUUUAAGUAUUUCAGAUAUACUUUCUAGUUCUGAAAGUGAAUCUUCUAUUCUUAUGGAUCAAGAUGAAAAUAUUGAUUUUUUGCAUUCUAACGCUUCUGAAGCUAAUAUUAUAUCUACAAGUUUCGAUAGGCCGGAAGAAAAUGGAUUAAAUGAAUCAUCAAGUUUAUUGGAUAAUAUGGAAAAUUUAUCUUCUGGACGAGAUGAUUGUUUUUUUAAUAUUGAUGAGUCUGAUUUAGAGCAAGAAUUAUCUCCAAAUGUAAUCGAUGAACUUUCUGAAUUAAGUGAAUCUUCUGCAGAUAAUUCAGAUGGGAUAGAUUGCUAUGACAGAUUAAAAAAUGAAACAUUUUUAUUACAUGCCCAUAUUUUAUCAUGGUCAGGUGAUACUCCAGGAUUGACCAAACUCAUGCAAUUAACUGGCCAUAAUUCAUAUAAGGGGUGCCUGUUUUGUGAUAUUCGUGGUAUUUACUUAAAUCAUGUGUAUUUUCCUACUAAACCACCUAUGGAAAAAGAAAAUGAAUAUGAAAGAUAUGAUCCUGAAAAUUUACCUUUGCGAACUCAUAGGCAGUUUAAAGAUCUAAUUUUUCAAUUAAACCAAGCAAAUUCAAAAAGAGAAAGAAAAGAAUUAGAAACUGAAUUUGGAAUAAAAGGGCGUAGUAUACUCUUUAACCUUAAAGCAAUUCAUUUUCCAAAUUCUUUUCCGAUUUAUCUAAUGCAUUUUAUAUAUGAGAAUAUUGCCUAUUACAUGUUUAAAUUAUGGACUGGAACUUUUUUUAAUGAUAAUAGUGAUCAAAAUAUUGGUGAUUAUAUUCUUAGCCAAUCUGAAUGGAAGAUUAUCGGUGAAGAAAUGCAUCAAGCACGUAAAGAGUUUCCAACUUGUUUUGGACGACCACCACGCAAUAUAGUAUUAUACCAUAAAGGUUAUAAAGCUAAAGAAUGGGCUGCCUGGAUUACCAUGUAUUCAUUGCCUCUUUUGAAAGGUAGAAUGCCACAGAAACAUUACAAAGGAUGGGCAAAAUUUGUUAAUGCUGUACGUUUAUGUCAAAAAUUAUCAUUAACAUCUCAAGAUAUAAAUGAUAUUAGAUUUUUAUUUCAGCCUUUUUAUGAUUAUUAUGAAAAAGAAUAUUAUCAAAGUUUGGAAGAGUGGCUAAGUACAAUGAAAUUAUGCUUUCACAACCUUUUACAUAUUGCCGAUAGUAUAGAAAACACAGCAAUAUUUCCUUUACAAGAAGUCAAGCACAAUUCAAAUAAUCUUGCAUAUUCUCAACCUGAUUCUGAAGAAGUAUUGCGAUCUCCAUCAAAAAGGCAUAAUCUUAGGCAGUCAGAAUUAAAAAAAAUUAAAGAGCAUUUUUCCACGACUCACAAUGUUAGAGGCCGAAAGUUAAUGUCCUUUUCUUCAUUUGGCAUGAAAUAUGGACGCCUACAGACGAAAAAGGGCCACCAGAUUGGAUCCAAAUGGGCAAGACAAAAUCAAGAUUGGGCUCACAAUAAUUACUCAGUUUUGGUAAUUAUGGAAGUGGAUAGAUGGUCUUCAUUUCCUCAGAAAACACCAGAAUUUGUAUUGAAAAAAUUUUAUGGACAGGUUGAAUAUUAUCUUGCUUACGAAUUUGACAAAGUAACUUAUAUGUUAGCAUAUAUUCAUUGGACUGCAGAUGUUAGAGAAGAUAGUGCAGGUCUUAUUUCAUUUCAAAAAUUUGGAGCGCAUGAAUUCAUUGAUGCAUUUGCUAUAGACCAUUGUGUAGGGUUUUUUCAGAUUAAAACUACUUAUUAUGUAAUAGAUAAGGAUGUAGAUUAUACAGAUGAAUAA